AUGGACGGAGGAGAGAAAAAGACACCACAUCGGAAGCCAACAGCAGGACCAAGGUAUCGCCGAUUAGUCGAGAAGAAGAUAAAGAAGGCGAUAAACAGACCGACUAAACAACAGAAAAUUAACAACCCCAAAGCUUUUGUUGCUCAAACAAGUGUGGCGGCCAAGAGGCAUUACUUGUUCAGUCAGACCCGUGUCCAAGAAACCCUUCAUGUCCCAAUUAUGGACAGAACUGCAGAAAUAGCUCCACCAAUAACAAUUGUUGUGAGUGGUCCACCCAAAGUUGGGAAAACGACGCUUAUUCGCGAUUUGAUUAAAUCGUACACUGGACAAACCCUAAAAGAAGUGAAUGGCCCUAUUACAUUGAUUACAGGAAAAGGUCACCGAAUGACACUGGUGGAGUGUCCAAAUGAUAUUGAAGGGAUGCUUGACUGUGCCAAGAUAGCUGAUGUUGCUGUGAUGUUGAUUGAUGGGAGUUUUGGCUACGAGAUGCAAACAUUUGAAUUCAUCAACAUGAUGCAGGCCCAGGGUUUCCCGAAGUUGAUUGGUUGUUUGACACACAUGGAUGAAUUCAAAAAGAGUAAAGGGUUGCUCAAGAAAAAGAAACAACUCAAAAAGAGAUUCUGGAGGGAGACAUAUGGCGGUGCAAAGCUCUUCAUGAUGAGUGAGUUGUACCAUUCCCACUACCCCAACAUGGAAGUCAAAGUUAUUGCUCGUCACUUGCAGACUUUGAAGCCAAGACCAAUUGUUUGGAGAACAAACCACUCGUUCAUGGUAGCAGACAGAGUCGAGGAUCUAACUGAACCACAAGAAAUUGCAAAUGAUGCCACAACAGACAGAAAGGUUGCUUUGUAUGGCUACGUUAGAGGCACAAACAUGCGAAUUGGGUCGAAGGUAUGUGUACCUGGUUUGGGUGAUUACCGAGUCAAAGAUGUUGAGAUUCAAGUUGAUCCAUGUCCCCUUGAGAAUGAAAGUAAGAGACUUCGAACACAAGUUCAAACGGUCCAUGCGCCAAUGUCUGAUGUAGCCGGAAUGAGUUACGACAAAGAUGCUGUUUAUGUCACACUUCCAAGUAAGUCUGACCCCACAAGAGAUGGCGAGAAUGAAGUUCAAGGUCUUAUUGGGUCUGUUGCUGGGAUUACAUCACAGUUGAACCAAGACAUCAACAUAGUUCAAGGCCGUGAGAGGAAGGCUGUUGUAUUUUCCGAUGAUGAAGAUGGCUCUGAUGACAAAGAUGACGACAAAGAAGAUGAAAUGAGUGAAGAAGCAUUAACCAAACCCCUCUCGUUGAAAAAUCUGAAACCUGAAGAGAAAGAAAGUGCUGCGUUUGCCGAAGAAGGCCUUGAUGCUGAAGAGAAUAAAAAGGCAUGGGGGAUGUUACGUUUGAAGAAGCGAAGAGACUUGAUGAAAGAGAUUUAUGAUACUACAGUAAAGAUGGAAGAAGACAGUGACGACGAUGAUGAUCUGAUGAAGCCUGUUGGGACCAAAGUGAACACCGAUUUAGAUCUUGACGACACAAGCAAAGCAUUUUGGGACGAUGCAGUAUUGGACAAAAUCCUGUCUGAAGGGAAGACUGACUACUUUGCAAAGUAUUUCAUUGCAAAGAGUGUUCGUGUGAUAGACGAUAUGGUGGUUGAUAUGAAUGGCGCACCAGCCGAGUCCAAAGACGUCAAAAUGGAAGAAGAAGACGAAGAUGACGACGGCCAGGUCGAAGUGGAAGCAGACAGCGACGAUGAAGAUUUGGACAAUGCAAUUGAAGUCAAAAAUGGAGAAGUCCAAUUGAAAGAGAUGAAGAAAAUGGGGAAGAAAAAAUUAAAAGAGGGUAUGAACAAUGACGAGAAGACUAAAGAUCAACUCAAGAAGGAAGCAAGGGACAAUAUUGAUGCGGUCGAAGAAGAACUUGGAGAGUACAAAAACCCGUUCUAUGACCGCGAAGACACGUUUUACAAGAAGGUUCAAAAGGAGAUGCGUGCUCAAAACCAAGCCAACCACGAAGCAUUCAAUGAACUUGAUCCCGAGUUGAAAACUCAAGUCGAAGGUGCAAUUUCAGGCUCAUACAUCAAAAUGACUAUUGAAGAUGUUCCCGCUUCUUUUAUUCAGAAGUUCAACCCGAAGAAGAUCAUUAUUGUUGGUGGGGUCUUGAAGUCUGAAGAACAACUGACAGUGAUGCAAGCACAGGUAGUCAAACAUCGAUGGUUCCCAAAAUUGGUGAAAACACGAAACCCUAUUGUUAUUAGUGUGGGGUGGAGAAGAUAUCAAACAGUCGCGACAUUUUCUUCAGAGGAUUUGAAUGGAAAACAGCGAAUGUUAAAGUACACGCCAAAGGGAGUAUUCUGCUUGAUGACGUUCUAUGGCCCAGCAUGCCCAAAUAACUCGGGUCUUAUUGCCUUUGAGACUGGCGACGCGUCUCCAUAUUUCCGCCCUUGUUUGACUGGGAACAUCUCCAAUGUCGACAAAGCUUGUGAGAUCUCAAAGAAGCUGAAGUUGGUUGGAAAGCCCGAGAAAAUACUCCAGAACACGGCAUUCAUUAGAGGAAUGUUCAACACAAAGGUUGAAGUUUCCAAGUUCAUUGGAGCGAAGAUUCAAACGGUGAGUGGGAUCCGUGGGCAGAUCAAAAAAGCUUGUUCGAAACCACAAGGGACAUUUAGAGCCACAUUCGAAGCAAAAUUGGCGAAGAAUGAUAUCGUCUUCUUGAAGGGGUGGAUUCCAGUCAAGAUCAACAAAUUUUACAACCCAAUGACGGACUUGACAGGCGAUGAUUGGGAAAGAAUGCGACUUGUCAGAGAACUCCGACAAGAUAUGAACAUUGGAGUGCCCACAACAAAAAGGAGUUCCAAGUAUAACGAAGUGACCAAACCACGAGAAGUCGAAAACCAUUUGCAAAAAGUCGAGAGACUCAAAAGAGAAGAGAAGAUGUUAGUUAAGGAAGCUGGUGAUACGCUUUUAGUCCAUCCAAAGACAAUCUCAAGCUUGUCGUUUGCACAACAACUCCAAAUCAUGGAGAGUGGAAAGGUCGACUUAGUUCCCAUCGAGUCCGUCAAAACAAAUAUGACCAUUUUCACAAAGAAACAAGCCCCACCAAGAGAGAAAAAGGACACAAUCAAGGGACAGCUGUGA